AUGCGAUCCUCGACAGAUGGCACCGCCGACGAGGCGUUGGCCGCUAUGGGCUACAAGAGUGAAUUACCUCGAAAUUUAAGCAUGAUGAGCAUCCUCGGUCUAUCCUUCGCUAUUAUGGCUGCCCCCUUCGGUCUCAGCACAACCCUCUACAUUACCCUCGCGGAUGGCCUCUCCGUGACAAUCAUCUGGGGCUGGGUUUUCGUCACCCUAAUCUCAAUCGCUAUCGCCGCCUCGCUCGCUGAGAUUUGUGCCGUAUACCCAACUGCCGGAGGCGUAUAUUAUUGGAGCGCGAUGCUCUCCACGCGUCGCUGGGCACCGCUAAUGUCCUUCAUCGACGGCUGGCUAACCCUCGUUGGUAAUUGGACCGUCACGCUGAGCAUCAUCUUCUCCGGCGGCCAGCUGAUCCUCAGCGCAAUCUCAAUAUUCGACGAGAGCUUCGUCGCAAAUGCCUGGCAGACCGUGCUGAUGUUCUGGGCCGUGAUGCUCUUCUGCGCCCUCGUCAACAUCUUCUUCUCCCGUUACCUCGACCUAAUAAACAAAGUCUGUAUCUUCUGGACGGCAGGCAGCGUGAUCAUCAUCCUCGUCACCCUCCUUACAAUGGCAGACGACCGCCGAGAUGCCGAGUUCGUCUUCGCCCACUACGAUGCCUCAUCCAGCGGCUGGCCCGAUGGCUGGGCCUUCUUUGUCGGCCUGCUACAGGCAGCUUACACCCUAACCGGCUACGGAAUGGUCGCAGCCAUGUGCGAAGAAGUGCAAAACCCCCACCGUGAAGUCCCCAAAGCAAUCGUCCUCUCGGUCGUAGCAGCCGGCAUCACCGGUCUCUUCUACCUGAUCCCGAUCCUUUUCGUGAUGCCCAACGUGCAGAUGCUCCGCGACGUCGCGAGCGGCCAGCCUAUCGGCCUGCUCUUCAAGACCGUGACCGGAUCCGCGGGCGGCGGCUUCGGUCUGCUUUUCUUGAUUCUGGGAAUCAUGCUUUUUGCCGGCAUUGGGUCUCUCACCGCAGCGAGUCGCUGCACGUACGCGUUCGCCCGCGACGGCGCAAUCCCGGGCUUCAGGCUCUGGCGAAAAGUGAACAAGAAGCUGGACGUGCCGGUCUGGGCGAUUGUUUUGUCGGCUGUCGUUGAUGGACUCUUGGGCCUGAUCUAUUUCGGAUCCACCGCUGCGUUCAAUUCAUUCACGGGCGUCGCUACGAUUUGUCUAUCGGCUUCGUACGGUCUUCCGAUUCUUAUCUCUUUGGUUCGUGGUCGGCGCGACGUGAAGGGGUCUUCUUUUUCUGUUGGUCGGUUCGGGUUCGCAAUUAACUGUAUUACUAUUGCGUGGAUUGUUCUUGCGAUCGCUCUCUUCUGUAUGCCUGUAACGUUGCCGGUUACCCCCGAGUCGAUGAAUUAUGCCAGUGUUGUUUUCGCUGGAUUUGGUGGUAUCAGUGUCUUGUGGUACUUUGUCUAUGCCCGGAAACACUUUACUGGGCCCCCGGUUAGUGGUGAUGAGGCUCGCGCUGCUACAGAGCUUAUUACAGGCACAGUGGUGGAUGCCGAGAACUCACUCGACAUGGUUAAGAAGAUGCCGAGCGAGUAG